GGGCCAUCUCCGUGUAUCCGUCGCCCCUUUCUCCCCUCACCGUCAGUCGCGAGGAUGAGCGGGCCCUCUGUUGGCCGUGCUACCCCGCCGCCGGGUAGUCCCACUUUUGUGCCGAUCUCCCAGUCGCCAGAUUACAUGGCCUUCCGGCGACUGGUUGCCCACCAAAAGAAGAUCUGCCAAGUGGCAUAUGGCAAGUGCUACGAAUGGGGCUUUUACGACUGCAAACCUCUGAACUCCUCCAACAUCUCGCUGAAGAGCAUGCCGACGCUGUUGUGCAUCCCGCACAUCGGUGGUACCGCGGCCAGCUUCUUCCGUCUGGCGUCCACCCUCUCAGCGCGCGGGUUUCGAGUGAUUGCCGUGGACUAUCCCCCGGUUGACUCGCACUUUGAGUUUGGCGACUCAUUGAACAAGUUCCUCGAGUCACUGGACAUCGACCAGGUCCACAUUUUGGGCAAUGCGCUCGGCGGCUUCCUGGCCCAGCACUUCGCCUUUGUCCACCCGCAGGGGGCCAAGCGCGUUCUUUCGCUGGUCCUCAUCAACUCCUUCUGCUCGACGCGUCUCUUUUCGAUGAACACUCCGUACAUGGGAUUCUUCAACUGGGCCCCGGAGUUUGCCCUCAAGCGCAUCCUCCUGCGCAACCUUCCGCAGAAGGAGCUCCCGCCGGCACUGGCCGACUCCAUUGACUUCAUGGUUGAUCAGAUCGAGUCCCUGAGCCGUGAUACCAUUGUCUCGCGUCUCAUCCUGAACACCAUCUCGUUGACCCUCUCGCCGGCCCUCAUCCGAGCGGCGUACACGAACCGGAGUUGCGCGGUCCGACGCGUGACCCUGGUCGAGAGCAUGGAGGCCGAGGAUGACAACUCCGACGCGGUGGCUGUCUCCACGCAACUGCGCGACGAGUGUCGCGAGUGCUAUACGGCUGCCUUCGCCUCCCUGACGCCGGAUGUGGAUCCGGCUGUCGCGGCCGCCGAUGCCGGAAUACAGCCCGGCUCCAGUCUGCCCAACGACGGGGUGAUCGGCGAAGUCCGUUCGGCUUACAUCCGCGGCGGCGGGAACUUCCCCUUCCUUUCGCACACCCAGGAGCUGGCCAUGCUGGUGCGCGUCCACAUGCUGCCCUUUAGCGAGCUUGCCCAGGAGGCGGAGGCCACCGCCGCCCCCGAUGGCGUGGCUGUGCCCGACGCGGGCACCAGCGCCGGGUCACCGGACGCCAGCGACCAUGAAGAUUGCGACAGUUCGCCACCGGUGAUCGUCCUGGCGGACGAUGUCAUCCCCGUGGGCGAUGCCUCAGACACCAGUGAUGUCGAUGGUAAUACCGCGGCCAGCGCCGGCGAUGUUGAUGGGAACGCCACGGAUGGCAGCAACUAAUGGUGUGGGGCACACGCACGGGUGCACAUGGUGUGUGUGUGUGUGCGCAUAUUUCUGUGUAUGUGCAUCCUGCACCGGUUUCCCUCCCUUGUAUCUACAGCAUGUUCCCUCCCCAAUCUACCGACCAUCC